GACGUUUCCACCCGUAACUCAUUGUGUGACGACUAAGUACUAAUAAGACCGGCCUUCACGUGCACCCUCCCAUACUGGACCAUUCAUUUUGGCGCUCAGGUUGUGGAAUCCACCCAACUGGUGCGCUUUAUCACGUCUCUCUCAUCAUGACCUCAUUCAAAAUCGCCGUGGAAGGCUGUUGUCACGGCUCGCUAAACGAAAUCUACACUGCAUUAGAGUCCAAGUGCCGAUCUCGAGGAUGGACAAUCGAGGAUAUUGACUUCUUGAUCAUUUGCGGAGAUUUUCAGGCAGUCCGUAAUGAACGCGACCUGAACUGCAUGUCUGUGCCACGCAAAUAUCGCCAGCUAGGUGACUUUCACCAAUAUUACAGCGGCAACAAGCGGGCGCCAGUGUUGACGCUCGUCAUCGGGGGCAACCACGAGGCUUCAAACUACUUCUCCGAGCUGCACUAUGGCGGUUGGCUGGCUCCGAAUAUGUACUACCUGGGCGCGGUGAAUGUGAUCCGCUACGGGCCCGUACGCAUAGCCGGGCUCUCGGGGAUCUUCCACCGCGGUCACUACGACAAACCACACCACGAAAGCCUCCCCUACGACAGGGACGAAAUCCGCUCCGUUUAUCACGUCCGGCGCUGCGACAUCUCCAAGCUGCUGGACGUGCGCUCGGCCGUCGACAUCGGUCUCAGCCACGACUGGCCCCGGAGAGUCGAGUACUUCGGCGACUGCGAGACGCUCUUCGCCGAGCGGCCCCAUUUCCUGAAGAGCGCCAUGGCCGACAACCUGGGGAGCGAGCCCGCGGAGCAGGUCCUAAAUCACCUGCGGCCCCGGUUCUGGUUCUCUGGCCACAUGCACGCCAGGUUCCGUGCCACGGUAGAGCACGACCGCGACGCGAAGGGCGAUUUCUUCCAGGGCCUGCCCGUGCCCACGGAGCUGCAGCAACAGCUGCCAAGGGCUGUGAGGACCUGGAAGAAACCCCGCGGCCGGCCGCCCGGCAUCACGAACACGACCACCCACUUCCUCGCGCUCGACAAGCCCGGUCCCGACGACGGCGAGUUUCUCGAAUUGCUCGAGAUAGAAUCCUGCUGGGAUGUGGACGAUCCGGCCGUCGCGCCAUACCUGCCGAAGACGCCGGGCGAAAGGUUCUCCCUGCAUUACGAUGAGGAGUGGCUGGCGAUCGUGCGCGCAACAGAUGGAACCGCAGAGAUGAGCGGCCCGUCCCUGGUUGGACACAUGGGCCCGGCAGAUGCGGCGCGCCGAGACGACGCAGAUGAAGCCCGAUCCUAUGUCCGUGAGAAUGUCACUGCAAAGGGUCUGCUGCGCAUACCGGACAAUUUCAAGGCACACGCUCCUAAAUACGAGGGGCCAGACACCGCCCACAGCGACGAGCAGCCUUGCGAGUUUCCGAACUCGCAGACCGAGGCUUUUUGUGAGCUACUUGGAAUUACUACGACCAGAGAGGAUGACACAGCCUCUGGUGAUGAAUUUGUGGUCUUUGGUUGAUGGCCCCGGGGGGUAGCCUUCUGCCACAUGCCUGGCGUUUUUCUUGCCUCCGUGUCUGUCUUCUUAAUGACUCAUUUAGAAUUGAAAAAUUUAGUUCGAUAGAAUAUGAUCAAUCCUUUAAUGAAUCAAACAAUUACCUAUGUA